CAAAAAAAAAAAAUACCCCUCUUCAUCAUUCUGACAUAGUUAGCUUUCACACACACUUUCACAACACAACAAAACACAUUCUCUAUCCGACACAUUUCUUUCCCCAUCUAUCAAUCAGGUUAGGGUUUGGAUUAGGGUUAGGGUUUCACCUUCGAAUGCAUCAAAAUACCCAAAUUCGACACUAUCACCAACAAUGUACAACUCUAUGAACAUGUCCGACCAGAUCAAGAACAACGAAGAUCCUGACAACAACAACAAUCACAUCCAUUUCGAUUCACCAACCCUCGAAGAUGCUUCCGGCGAAGGUGAAGGUCAAAUCAAUGAUGUUUCACUCGAAAAUGUUUAUGUGUCCGGCGAUGGAAACCACCCUGAUAUGUCUGUUCAACAAUUCGACGAUUCUAGCCAGCUCACACUUUCGUUUCGUGGCCAAGUUUAUGUCUUUGAUUCUGUUACCCCUGAAAAGGUUCAAUCAGUGCUGUUACUGUUAGGUGGAUGUGAAUUAAAUCCGGGUUCACAAUGUUUGGACACAUCGCCUCUAAAUCAGAGGAGUGGUGCUGAAUUUCCUACAAGAUGUAGUCAACCGCAACGAGCAGCGUCCUUGAUUAGGUUUCGUCAGAAGAGGAAAGAGCGAAACUUUGAUAAGAAAGUUAGAUAUGAAGUGCGUCAAGAAGUUGCACUAAGGAUGCAACGUAGCAAGGGUCAAUUUACAUCAGCUAAGAAACAAGAUGGAGGUAACAGUUGGGGUUCUGAUCCCGAGUCAGGGCAAGAUGUAGUUCAAUCAGAAACGUCAUGCACACACUGUGGAAUCAGUUCAAAAUCCACCCCUAUGAUGCGAAGGGGGCCGUCUGGCCCUAGGACACUAUGCAAUGCUUGUGGGCUUUUCUGGGCAAAUAGGGGUACUUUGAGGGAUCUAUCUACUGCUAGGAGAAAUCACGAACAACAUACUCUUGGGUCACCUGAGCAGGGUAUGAGGGAUCUAUCUAAUCCUAAGAGAAACCACCAACCGCACCCUCUUCCACAACCUGAGCAGGUCGGCGAGGGUAAUGAGGACUUGAACUGUGGGACUGCUCCUGCGCAUAACGAUUCUGUUGAUGAUAAAACAGCCGUGGUAUCCGAUCAAUGAGUUUUCCAGUCAUUGGCUUUAGCACUCACAACUUUAUUGUAAUUCCAAUGGAUUCGACUGAUAGAAUGUACAGCUCUAGAGAGGCUUUCGUCAACACAUGACAUGAGGUCUAUUUAAGAUAUGCUCUUGGAUUAGUUGAAUUAGCUGUUUAUCUCGGAAUGUAUAAAGUGGAAUUUGAAUGAUGACUUAAUUUAGUUUUCAUUGGGUGGACGCUAGUUUUAGUUUGAUACUUUAAUUAUUGUGAAAUUGUGGGUGGCAUUUAGCCUGAGACAAAUUUUCCCACCACGGGAAAGUUGCUUUUUUAAUGCCAAUUAUUCUAUAGUAUUAGUAUUAAUACUAUAGAAUUGAUAGGUUCUAUUCAUAAUGAAGAAUUGUGUUUAGAUAUAA